AUGGAUAGUCCGCCCGUUCAGAUCGUGAAAGGACCUAGAGGUGGCGAGCAGCUAAUACAUAAGGGAUUUUUAUUCCGCCUCAACAGACGAGAACGGGAGAAGACUUACUGGAAGUGUGUAUAUGUCGGAUGCCUUGCCACUGUAACUACUCAAGGAAAAAACGUGACCGAAGGUAAGCCUCAUGUGAUCCACACCAAGGAGGAGGCAGCCAAACAAUUACAUAGUGACUCCCUAACCUGGAAAAUUCGUGAACGAGUGACGGCGGAACCUCAUACAUCCAUCCCUCUCAUCUAUCGGGAGGAAGCAGGGAAACGUCACCUGGACGAUCCCGAUGCUUCUGAAUUCACGCCCCCUUUCCAAACCAUCAAAUCCGGUUUGUACAAACGGAGGCGGAAGACUGUACCUCCUGCACCGACAUCUCUGGAGGAUGUUCGCAUCACUGGCGAUUGGGAAUUAACGCUGGACGGACGAGUUUUUUCAUGGCUCCUCAACCCUUUGUCCAACUUUACUCACUACGUCACCACUCCAAGAGGCAAAAUUGGAUCUCAUGAAGGAUCACUCUCCAUGCCAGUUGUCUUUGCUUUUCUCCCCGACAAGCGCAUGGACACCUAUCGCAAAUUAUUUCAAGCUCUACUGGAAAUUUGCACCAAGGCAGGCCUUUCUUUCAGUCCCAAGUUAUUUCUCUUGGACUUUGAGAGAGCUGUCAUCACUACAUUACAGCUGAUCUUCCCUUCUGCGAUGGUCAAAGGUUGCUAUUUUCACUUCACCCAGGCCAUAUACAGGAAGGUCCAGGAACUUGGCAUUUCAGGACCUUUCAUGAAGUCCAAAGAAGUGAAGCUGUGGAUCAGAAGAGUUAUGGCUCUACCUUUCAUCCCGUUGGAAAGCAUCGAUGACGUCUACCUUUGGAUUAUUGCAGAAGCACCAUCCUUGUCUGGAGUCCAGGAGUUCCUGGACUACUUGGUUGAAACGUGGAUUGAUGAUGAGGAACAGAAGAUCAAUGAAAUGCAUUUGAGGAAGAAAGCGUCCCCAGGAGAUAACUCGAGCAACAAAUACAUCCAGAGGAAAGUCGGAAUCUCCAAAGCCGAGGACGACCUUUUGCUUGGCGCAAUUGACGUCAGAAAGUUCACAGAUCGAAUCGUGCAGCUUUAUAAGCUGAAGAUUUUCUCCUGA